AUGCCAGAUGACGAUAAUGAAUACAACGUAUACAAGGAUAUGCAGAUGGACAAGCACGGUAACCCAAUCAUAACCAUAAAAUUGAUACCGAUUGAAGACAAAGAUCAGGCAGAUCGGUCUUACAACUGGGCAAGUACUAAGAGUAAUGCUCAAGCUUCGAGUGAUAACAAUGACGAAUAUGGAGGCCAGUUGACUGAUGAAAACGGCAAUGCCUAUUGGAGAUCAGCUUCAAAUUCGAAAGCUGAUGCAGAGAGUGAUAGCAAUGCUUUCAGUCUUAAUUCUGAUAACAAAGACCAGUCAGGUCAGUCUUAUAACUGGGCAAGUUCUAAAAAUAAUGCCCAAGCUUCAAGCGAUACCAGUGAAGAAUAUGGAGGCCAGUUGACUAAUAAAAACGGCAAUGCCUAUUGGAAAUCAGAUUCAAAUUCGAAUGCUAAUGCUGAGAGUGACAGCAAUGCUUUCAAUUUUAAUUCUAAUAACAAAGACCAGUCAGGUCAGUCUUACAACUGGGCAAGUUCUAAAAACAAUGCCCAAGCAUCGAGCGAUAACAGUGAAGAAUAUGGAGGCCAGUUGACUACUAAAAACGGCAAUGCCUAUUGGAAAUCAGAUUCAAAUUCGAAUGCCAAUGCUGAGAGUAACAGCAAUGCUUUCAAUUUUAAUUCUGAAAAUAAAGGUCAAGGUUCAUUGAGUGGACAAGCCUAUUGGGCUAAUGCUAAUAGUGAUGCGGAAAGCAGCAGUAGCAACGAAUAUGUUGAUGCAUCUAUUAAUAAAAACAAUAAUGCUUACUACAAGUCAUCAUCGAAUUCAAAGGCAGCAUCUGCGAGUGCUAAUAAUGCGUUCAGUUAUAAUUCUGGCUUCCAAAAUGGUAACCAACCACUUCCAAGUGUACCUCUGCCAAAACUAAAAGCACAACCACCAAAAUCAAAAAAAAGGUCACCAUUUUUGCCUACUAAAAGGUUCCCAUCAUUCUACCCUCCCACUCCAUAUAUCCCACCCUCUGUUUACCCAGCACCAGUGAUCCCAUACAGCCAGCCAGCAUAUGUUCUUCAAAGCGGAAACUAUCCUGGCUAUCCCAUAUACCAUCCAACUGACGAUGACAAUUAUGCAUAUGGGUCGCCCAGUGAAUAUCCAGGUGAGCCCUACCCUAUACCAGUGUACCCACCAUUCCCAAGAGGAAUUCCCAACAAAAAACCAAGGCAUCCUACAGCACCAAUCGCAAGCAGUUGGAGCCAACAUGGUAUCGGAGCUGGAGCUUAUGCUGGUCAUCAAGGCCGCCCCUCCCAUCCAAAUAAUAGACCCCCGGUGGGUCCACGAAGAGGACCACCAAAAAGACCACAACACCCAGGAUCAAAUGGCCCACAAUAUGGUAUUGGAUCAGGUCCACAAUCACCCAGUAUCUCUCCACCAGUACCAGUCCCAGACAAACAACCAGUAUUUGGCAACCCACUACAACAGCCAGGCAUCCCACAGCUACAACCAGGCAAUCCACAGCACCAACCUGGUAAACCACCAGUAUCAGGCAGUCCUCAGCAAUCAGGCUAUCCACAACAACCACAGCAAGCAUACCCACCAAGCUCUCCGAAAUCACCUGGUUCCUUAAGCUCCAGUCAGGCUACUGGUGGAAGCAAUUCUUACGGUUAUAAUUAUGGAAAUGGUCAAAGCCAUUCAGGCAGCUCGAGUCAAAACGGGGCUCAGUCAUAUUCUUCAUCAAGUCCCCAGGCACCUGUGAGCUCACAGCCACGACCAGGCAACUCACCAUCUUCAGACAGCCAACAACAACCUGGCAAUUUACCAUCUCCAGGCAGCCCACCAACCUCCUCUCCUCAAGAAAUAAUCAAUCCACAGCCACAAACAGGCAACUCACCAUCUAGCCCACAUCAACAACAACCUGGCAAAUCACCAUCUUCGAGCAGCUCACAGCCUCAACCAGACUCUUCACAACCACAAAACCCAGGCAAUUCGCUACCUUCAGGCAACUCACAGCCACAACCGGGCAAGCCACCAUCGUCAGAUAUCCCACAACAACAACCAGACUCUUCCGAACAACAAACAAAUCCACUAAAACCACAACAGGGAUAUCCACCAGUUGGAAUCCGACAGCCACAAACAGGCAACUCACCAUCUAGUCCAGGGCAACAACAACCUGGCAAUUUACCAUCUCCAGGCAGCCCACAACCCUCCUCUUCUCAAGAAAUAACCAAUCCACAGCCACAACCAGGCAACUCACCGUCUAGCCCACAUCAACAACAACCUGGCAAAUCACCAUCUUCGAGCAACUCACAGCCUAAACCAGACUCUUCACAACCACAAAACCCAGGCAAUUCGCUACCUUCAGGCAACUCACAGCCACAACCGGGCAAGCCACCAUCGUCAGAUAUCCCACAACAACAACCAGGCUCUGCCCAACAACCAACCAAUUCACAACAACCACAACAGGGAUAUCCAUCAGUUGGAAGCUCACAGCCACAAACAGGCAACUCACCAUCUAGUCCACAGCAUCAACAACCUGGCAAUUUACCCACUCCAGGCAGCCCACCAACCUCCUCUCCUCAAGAAAUAACCAAUCCACAGCCACACCCAGGCAACUCACCGUCUAGCCCACAUCAACAACAACCUGGCAAUUCGCCAUCUUCGAGCAACUCACAGCCUAAGCCAGACUCUUCUCAACCACAAAACCCAGGCAAUUCGCUACCAUCUGGCAGCUCACAGCCACAACCGGGCAAGCUACCAUCGUCAGAUAUCCCACCACAACAACCAGGCUCUGCCCGACCACCAACCAAUCCACAACAAUUACAACAGGUAUACCCAUCAGACAACCAACAAUUACCUAGCACCUCAAGCUCCAGUCAGUCUUAUGGUGGAAGCAAUGCUUAUGGCUAUACUUCUGGCAAUGGUGAAAGCUCUUCCAGCAGCUGGAAUCAAAAUGGCGCCCAAUCAUACUCUUCUUCAAGUCCCCAGGCACCUGUGAGCUCACAACCACGACCAGGAGGCAACUCGCCAUCUUCAGACAGCCUACAACAACCUGGCAAUUUACCCUCUCCAGGCAGCCCACCAACCUCCUCUCCUCAAGAAAUAAUCAUGCCACAGCCACAAACAGGCAACUCACCGUCUAGCCCACAUCAACAACAACCUGGUAAAUCACCAACUUCGAGCAGCUCACAGCCACAACCAGACUUUUCACAACCACAAAACCCAGGCAAUUCGCUACCUUCAGGCAACUCACAGCCACAACCGGGCAAGCCACCAUCGUCAGAUAUCCCACAACAACAACCAGGCUCUGCCCAACAACCAACCAAUUCACAACAACCACAACAGGGAUAUCCACCAGUUGGAAGCUCACAGCCACAAACAGGCAACUCACCAUCUAGUCCACAGCAACAACAACCUGGCAAUUUACCCUCUCCAGGCAGCCCACCAACCUCCUCUCCUCAAGAAAUAACCAAUCCAAAGCCACACCCAGGCAACUCACCGUCUAGCCCACAUCAACAACAACCUGGCAAUUCGCCAUCUUCGAGCAACUCACAGCCUAAGCCAGACUCUUCACAACCACAAAACACAGGCAAUUCGCUACCCUCUGGCAGCUCACAGCCACAACCGGGCAAGCCACCAUCGUCAGAUAUCCCACAACAACAACCAGGCUCUGCCCAACAACCAACCAAUUCACAACAACCACAACAGGGAUAUCCAUCAGUUGGAAGCUCACAUCCACAAACAGGCAACUCACCAUCUAGUCCACAGCAUCAACAACCUGGCAAUUUACCCACUCCAGGCAGCCCACCAACCUCCUCUCCUCAAGAAAUAACCAAUCCACAGCCACACCCAGGCAACUCACCGUCUAGCCCACAUCAACAACAACCUGGCAAUUCGCCAUCUUCGAGCAACUCACAGCCUAAGCCAGACUCUUCUCAACCACAAAACCCAGGCAAUUCGCUACCAUCUGGCAGCUCACAGCCACAACCGGGCAAGCUACCAUCGUCAGAUAUCCCACAACAUCAACCAGGCUCUGCCCAACCACCAACCAAUCCACAACAAUUACAACAGGCAUACCCAUCAGACAACCAACAAUUACCUAGCACCUCAAGCUCCAGUCAGUCUUAUGGUGGAAGCAAUGCUUAUGGCUAUACUUCUGGCAAUGGUGAAAGCUCUUCCAGCAGCUGGAAUCAAAAUGGCGCCCAAUCAUACUCUUCUUCAAGUCCCCAGGCACCUGUGAGCUCACAGCCACGACCAGGCAACUCGCCAUCUUCAGACAGCCUACAACAACCUGGCAAUUUACCCUCUCCAGGCAGCCCACCAACCUCCUCUCCUCAAGAAAUAAUGAAGCCACAGCCACAAACAGGCAACUCACCGUCUAGCCCACAUCAACAACAACCUGGCAAAUCACCAUCUUCGAGCAGCUCACAGCCUCAACCAGACUCUUCACAACCACAAAACCCAGGCAAUUCGCUACCUUCAGGCAACUCACAGCCACAACCGGGCAAGCCACCAUCGUCAGAUAUCCCACAACAACAACCAGGCUCUGCCCAACAACCAACCAAUUCACAACAACCACAACAGGGAUAUCCACCAGUUGGAAGCUCACAGCCACAAACAGGCAACUCACCAUCUAGUCCACAGCAACAACAACCUGGCAAUUUACCCUCUCCAGGCAGCCCACCAACCUCCUCUCCUCAAGAAAUAACCAAUCCACAGCCACACCCAGGCAACUCACCGUCUAGCCCACAUCAACAACAACCUGGCAAUUCGCCAUCUUCGAGCAACUCACAGCCUAAGCCAGACUCUUCACAACCACAAAACAAAGGCAAUUCGCUACCUUCAGGCAGCUCACAGCCACAACCAGACUCUUCACAACCACAAAACCCAGGCAAUUCGCUACCCUCUGGCAGCUCACAGCCACAACCGGGCAAGCCACCAUCGUCAGAUAUCCCACAACAUCAACCAGGCUCUGCCCAACCACCAACCAAUCCACAACAAUUACAACAGGUAUACCCAUCAGAAAACCAACAACUACCUAGCACCUCAAGCUCCAGUCAGUCUUAUGGUGGAAGCAAUGCUUAUGGCUAUACUUCUGGCAAUGGUGAAAGCUCUUCCAGCAGCUGGAAUCAAAAUGGCGCCCAAUCAUACUCUUCUUCAAGUCCCCAGGCACCUAUGAGCUCACAACCACGACCAGGCAACUCGCCAUCUUCAGACAGCCAACAACAACCUGGCAAUUUACCAUCUCCAGGCAGCCCACCAACCUCCUCUCCUCAAGAAAUAAUCAAUCCACAGCCACAAUCAGGCAACUCACCGUCUAGCCCACAUCAACAAGAACCUGGCAAAUCACCAUCUUCGAGCAGCUCACAGCCUCAACCAGACUCUUCAAAACCACAAAACCCAGGCAAUUCGCUACCUUCAGGCAACUCACAGACACAACCGGGCAAGCCACCAUCGUCAGAUAUCCCACAACAACAACCAGGCUCUGCCCAACAACCAACCAAUUCACAACAACCACAACAGGGAUAUCCACCAGUUGGAAGCUCACAGCCACAAACAGGCAACUCACCAUCUAGUCCACAGCAACAACAACCUGGCAAUUUACCCUCUCCAGGCAGCCCACCAACCUCCUCUCCUCAAGAAAUAAUCAAUCCACAGCCACAAACAGGCAACUCACCGUCUAGCCCACAUCAACAACAACCUGGCAAUUCGCCAUCUUCGAGCAACUCACAGCCUCAACCAGACUCUUCACAACCACAAAACCCAGGCAAUUCGCUACCUUCAGGCAGCUCACAGCCACAACCAGACUCUGCACAACCACAAAACCCAGGCAAUUCGCUACCUUCUGGCAGCUCACAGCCACAACCGGGCAAGCCACCAUCGUCAGAUAUCCCACAACAACAACCAGACUCUUCCGAACAACAAACAAAUCCACUACAACCGCAACAGGGAUAUCCUCCAGUUGGAAGCUCACAGCCACAAACAGGCUACUCACCAUCUAGUUCAGAGCAACCUGGCAAUUUACCAUCUCCAGGCAACCCACAACCCUCUUCUCCUCAAGAAAUAACCAAUCCACAACCACAACCAGGCAACUCACCGUCUAGCCCACAUCAACAACAACCUGGCAAUUCGCCAUCUUCGAGCAACUCACAGCCUCAACCAGACUCUUCACAACCACAAAACCCAGGCAAUUCGCUACCUUCAGGCAGCUCACAGCCACAACCAGACUCUGCACAACCACAAAACCCAGGCAAUUCGCUACCUUCUGGCAGCUCACAACCACAACCGGGCAAGCCACCAUCGUCAGAUAUCCCACAACAACAACCAGACUCUUCCGAACAACAAACAAAUCCACUACAACCACAACAGGGAUAUCCACCAGUUGGAAGCUCACAGCCACAAACAGGCAACUCACCAUCUAGUUCAGAGCAACAACAACCUGGCAAUUUACCAUCUCCAGGCAGCCCACAACCCUCUUCUCCUCAAGAAAUACCCAAUCCACAGCCACAACCAGGCAACUUAUCGUCUAGCCCACAUCAACAACAACCUGGCAAUUCGCCAUCUUCGAGCAACUCACAGCCUCAACCAGACUCUUCACAACCACAAAACCCAGGCAAUUCACUACCUUUAGGCAGUUUACAGCCACAACCGGGCAAGCCACUAUCAUCAGAUAUCCCACAACAACAACCAGGCUCUGCCAAACAACCAACCAAUCUACAACAACCACAACAAGGAUAUCCACCAGUUGGAAGCCCACAGCCACAAACAAGCAACUCACCAUCUAGCCCAGAGCAACAAAAACCUGGCAAUUUACCAUCUCCAGGCAGCCCACCAACCUCCUCUCCUCAAGAAAUUACCAAUCCACAGCCACAACCAGGCAAUUCACCGUCUAGCCCACAUCAUCAACAACCUGGCAAUUCACCAUCUUCGAGCAACUCACAGCCUCAACCGGACUCUUCACAACCACAAAACCCAGGCAAUACGCUACCUUCAGGCAGCUCACAGCCACAACCGGGCAAGCUACCAUCGUCAGAUAUCCCACAACAACAACCAGACUCUUCCGAACAACAAACCAAUCCACUACAACCACAACAGGGACACCCACCAGUUGGAAGCCCACAGCCACAAACAGGAAACACACCAUCUACUCCACAGCAACAACAAUCUGGCAAUUUACCACCACCGAGCAACCUACAACAACAACCAGGCUCUCCACAACAACAAAAACCUGGUAAUUCCCCAUCAUCAGGCAGCCAAGAGCCACAAGGCAUACCUAAGAAACCAUGUCGUGUUGGUGCUCCAAAACCAGGAGUUGGAAGCGGACUCAUACCCGGACCAGGAUUUUACCAUGAAUUCCCUCCAAAGACACGCACUUGCGUGUGCUUUAACAGCUACAGUGAUAUGCCCGCCGUUCUCCGAAACCAGUUCCAAUUUUAU